GCACGCGAUGUUAUUUAUACCUGCUUUUAUAAAUCUGUGAACGAUUCUUUUAUUAGGGAAGAAUGUUUUAGAGCUUCCGCGGUGCGUUGAACGCGUCUUUGGGCUCGAAUGUGCGCGGAUUUAGUCAUUUACAGUGUAGAUCUUGGUCAGAUGAGCAGCAGCAGGACUCCUAAUAAAAGGCGGCCUUUGUGCAGAAGGUAAAAGAAAAGCGAUCUGAAAGGAGCGACAAUAAAACGCGCUGUCUUUGUGCUACAGGGAGAUGUUUAGUGUUGGAAAGCGGGACGUUUGGCGACUUUGUGUGUGAAAGACGCCCUGUGCUCCAGCAUGUAGACGCCUCUUCCUGUAGUCUUCGCCAAUGAAAAUGGAGGAGACGGCCCUGUCCGGAAUGGACAACAGCAAAAUGGAGGGCAUUGCUCAGGAGAUCCUCUCCGAUCUGGUCGAGGAUGCAUGUCUGGGGCUUUGCUUUGAAGUUCACCGAGCUGUCAAGCAAGGCUACUUCUUCCUGGAUGACACGGAUCAAGAGAGCAUGAAGGACUUUGAAAUCGUGGACCAGCCCGGAGUGGACAUCUUCGGCCAGGUGUAUAACCAGUGGAAGAAUAAGGAGUGUGUGUGUCCCAACUGCAGCCGGAGCAUUGCCGCCUCACGGUUUGCCCCUCACCUAGAGAAGUGCCUAGGCAUGGGGCGCAACAGCAGUCGCAUCGCCAAUCGCAGGAUAGCCAGUGGCAACAACACCAACAAAUCCGAGAGUGAUCAGGAGGACAACGAUGACGUUAACGACAACGACUGGUCCUAUGGUGCAGAAAAGAAAGCCAAGAAGAGAAAGGCAGAUAAGGUACUUUUACAUUCUUUGAAACGUCCUGGUCUUUUGAAUCCAAAUUCACCAAGACGAUCCAAAUCACUAAAACACAAAAACACCAAAGAUCUGUCUUCGUCCUUCAGCUUCGCUGGAUCCUAAGCAGCGCCCGGAGUGAAGCUGUCGCUGGGAGACCAGUUUCCACAGCAACGUCUUUCAAGAGCUACCCACGAUGCCAUGUGGUUCACAAGAGCAAGAAACUAAUCGGCGUCGAUUUUUUUUCAUUCGGUUUACACAACUGUACUAUUGUAUUUUGUUUUGGGAUUUUUUUUUCUUCUUUUUUUUCUGGAAUAUUUGCACAACAAAUCAGUGUCUUCAGUAUCUUGUGUCGAUUGUGUUAGACCCGCGACGUGACAUAAGUGUGACUGGACAGUGGAAAGAGUUCAGGGAGGGAGUAAGAACACCGGCAAGUGGAGGUCGCUGAUGUACUUUAACAACGGCUGGAGCAUCUGGGAGGAGUGAUCAAAAUCAAUCUUAAUGCUGCUUAUAUCACUCUUUUUUUGGGGUUUUAAUCACAUUUUUGUUCAGAACCAAUAUUUAGAAAGAUUGAAGUAUACAUUGUGCUUGGACAUGGAGUUAUUCUGAUCAUGUUAUUUUACCAGAAACUGGACUAUUAUGGACUUUACUCUGGCAACUUGAAACACAUACAAAUUCCUCUUUCGAGAAUGAAUGAAUGAAUGAAUGAAUUUCUCCAAUUAUUUUUACCCCUCCUCUCUGUGUACUCGAUGUUUACAGUGUAAAGGAAUUAUGUGUCUUGACUUUGUUGUAACUGUACAUAUAUUUGACUCGUUGGGGAAAUGCUGCUACACUGGCCAUGAGCCACAUGCUAACAGGCAUGUCACACACUUAAUAAACAUGACUCAAUACGCUGUG